AUGCGCAAUGAUUCUACCAUCAAUGGAGUCAUGAUCGGACUGCUGUCCUCGUUUGGGUCAGCUGUCUUGAUUGCGUUUAUAUUUCUCAUCGUCUACUUCUUCCGGUAUACCAGCAGUGGGAGGAUCCUGCUUGAUCGGAUUGGGAGGCCCGGCGAGUUUGACGACGAGCAGGCGUUCUUGAGAGAUGAGAAUGAGGCGCUGGAGUCUAUGGAUGACAUCCAGCGGCAGGAGUAUUUGCGUGCGAAAGCGUUUAUCCAAGCCAAUCCUCCCGACUCGUUACCGACAGAUAUCUCACUUUCUCAAUAUCUGGCGAUUCAAGAGAAGGGUGUCUCGGCUUGGGAGUUCGAGCCCGAGUUGGAGAUUGCGAAUUGCUUUGUGGAAGGGAGGACGGAAAUCGAGUUCUUUGAUUCGGAAUGUUCGACGCUGACGAACUUACCGAUUCCGAAGCAGAACGAGGUUUAUUACUGGGAGAGCAAGAUCUAUGAUAAGCCGGAGUCGACGUUGAUUAGCAUAGGCGUGUGUACAAAGCCGUAUCCGCUGUUCAGAUUACCUGGUUGGCAUAAGUAUUCGGUUGCCUAUACCUCGACCGGACAUCGAAGAUAUAAUCAACCAUUUAGCGGACCGACUUAUGGACCGCAAUUUGUGCAGGGAGAUGUUAUCGGUGUUGGAUAUCGACCGCGGACAGGCACGAUCUUCUUCACGCGAAAUGGAAAGAAGUUGGAAGAUGUGGCACAUGGGCUGAAAUCGCAGAAUUUGUUUCCUGCAGUCGGUGCCAAUGGACCAUGCACAGUGCAUGUAAAUUUUGGGCAAUCAGGAUUUGUGUUCAUCGAGGCAAAUGUCAAGAAAUGGGGUCUUGCUCCAAUGACUGGCAGUUUGGCUCCACCUCCGCCAUAUGGGAGUGAGCAGGGCAGUAUUUUGCUUGAGGCUGGUAGAGAGGGGUCACAAAGCAGUCAAGGCCAUUACCCAGAUCCUCGACAUGGACGAACACGAAGUGGGAAUUUCAGAUAUGGGCCACCAACGAGUCCUGGCCCUGUACGCUCGCCUACCGAUAUUUCUCUCGCACACCUCACACAUAUCCCUUCUAAUGACGAACCUGGGGAGUCGAGUGCUUCUGCCGGAGCGGUGGAAAGCGGGAUAAGCACAGUGACGCCUGCAAAUGUUGGGCUAGGACUGCAUGAUCACACGCAACCUCCUCCCGAAUACACGAGUCCGCAGGCAUCGAAUGCAAGCAGUCCACGAGGCAGCUCUGAUAGCGAGAGAGCGCCAUUAGUUAGAAGGAAGAGCACACCUCCGCCUAUACCAAGCUACAAUGAAACGGUUGCGGAAGAUAGAGCGAGGGAGAGGAGUCAAAGCCACGCGCAGAGACCAAACAGAACGAGAGAAGAAGACGGAUCUGGAUCGCGGCCCAGAGCUCGCUCAUGA